CUCCACGCGAGCCACACGGCCGGCGGCGUCCUCGCGAGUCAGUCAGCGUCGGCUCGCUACUCACGAGCGUUGUUCUCUACCACGACGAUCGUAACACUGUUCUCGUAUACACACGCAUCUUUCGUCAUACGCCAAUGAACCUUACCUAAAUUAAAUAAACUCACAGACGUUUUCGUUGAAAAUAUCACGAGUAAUUCAUUGUAUUUUGUGGAAACCGGCUCCGAACUUGACCUGUGAUUGUUUGCCCGAACUGUCAGUGCGCGUGUUGUGCUUUAUCGAUAACAUAACCUGUACGGCUUCAAGGGCACACAGUGGUCUUUUGAUGGUUGGUGCUCUGGAUGCAUUACUGCAGGGAUUUUUAAUCGAGUUUAUCCUAUCCUAAUUGACCAUAUAAAAUACAAGUAAGUGGGCGUAUUCGAAAGUUUGAAAAUCGAUCGGGUGACGUGCGUGCGUGGGAUUACGUUUACGUAAUCUUUGUUUACCUUGGGAAUAUGCACAGUGGCGAUUGUUCACUGUGAUUUGACAAUUUUGGGCAUCUGAGCUGGUUUUUAUGAUUGUAUUCAAUAUUGAACCACGGUCAGCGCCGCACUUAAAAUAUAUACCUACAGGAUACCCAGGUGUCUGUAAUGAUCCAAACCAACAAUCAGCAUUACCGACCACCAGAUCGAAUGUAUAGGCCGUGGGCGUGAGAUGGCUCGCGCGGGCAUGCUGCAUAGGGGAGGAAAAAAUGGAGCAGACGGGUGCGACGACGUGCAGCGGUCUCUGGAGCUCCUGGACCAAGUGCUGAGCGAAUACGACGAGGGCGAGCCGCGGUCGCUGGAAGCGCGCGCGCCGGCCGCCGCCACACCCGCCACGCCGGCUACCCCAGCCACCGACGACGACUCGCCGCUCGCCGGUCACACCUCCGAAGACGAUGGAUACAUGAGCAUGAACGGUCGACGAGCGAAGUUCGCGUUGGGUUUCCGUCCCACGGAGGAGCGCGAGGAGCUUUCGCCGCCGGACCCGCCGUCGCCGCACUCUCCGCCGCCUCCUGAGGAGGCGCAGAGAAUCAUCUCAACACUCUUGCCAAAGGUAUCACCAGCAAAUUCAGCAAAACGAACCACGUCAAUUGAGCAGCGGGAAGCGGAAGAAAAAUUAGAUUCUAUUAUAAGUAUCAACGGAAUAACUACUGCCACUCAAACAACUUUUCCAAAAACGAAACACCAACGCCCAUAUGGUUGGGAGAAAGACAACGAUACGACAAAUGGUUUCCAUCUACAACAGCCGCCUGUACAGUCUUACCGCUUUGCGUCUCUUCAGCACGGCGCCAGGCCUCCGCCACCCGACGGCCUGCCCUCUUGGUUACCUCCGCGACACCAUGCGCCACCAACUAAUCAAAAAAUAUCACCCAGUCUCGAAAAUGCUCCAGUUUUCCCUUUCAUGGGCUUCUCAAGUGAAUUCAACGACAAGCCAUAUAAUGAGCAUCCAGUUACAAUAUACCCAGGACCAAAUAUACAAUACAAUAAGCAAUUACAUUCUGAUACAUACAACAUACCCAAAUUAUCACCCUCGAAUACGAGGAGCUCAGAAAAGAAAAAACGAGACAGCAGGUCCGAUGGAGAUAUGUUGUCCCCCAAAACUAAAAUACCUCCGCGUACUCUCGCCGGUUCUAUGGAGAGGCAUAGAGAAGUGUGUAGAGGAUCCUCGGAGGAUAUGACGGAGGAAGAGAAGAGGAGAGGUUUGAAUAGGAGCAAUGACGACGAGCAUUUUUCGGACGAUUCGUUAGAAGAAGCGUUCCCGCCGCCGCCGCCCGCUGUUACCACGCCUUCGAAACGCAAUUCCAUAGCCUGGGAAGUGUCACUCGAUGGUGAUGAUCCUCUGUUGACCCCUGGAAGUACUAAGGUGAUUGGCAGACGAAGAAGAAAGUCUGGUGAUCAUUCACAUUCGAGUACAAGUUCGAUACCGCAACGAGUGGACGACGAUUGGGGCGAAGAGUACUGGCCUCCACCCCCGCCGCUCACUCUGUGCGAACCUCUCGUUUCCCCCACUUCCGACGGGGAGCACGAUAAUAGGCGCCAAGACCUCGCCUCUGGAACAUACGUCAUUCGUAAGGGCAAAAACAGGAAACAGCUCCCGAGCUUCAAUAAAAAUGCAAGCAAACCGAUCAACACAAGCAAUUUAAUACAUAGUCAUAGCUUGAAUAGAAGUUUAGACAUAGACAAAUCUAUUGAUGGCUCGAGUAUAUCUAUAAGUGGUUCAGGCUCUGUCGGAUCAUAUAAUUCUAGGCCUAGUUCAGAUUUAAGCUUACCACAAUCUCGUUACAGUGUAGAUUUAAAUUCGAGAUUAAGUCGAGAGCUCAAUACACCUAACUCUAGAUAUAGUAUAGACCUCUGUACGCCCAAUUCUAGACUGAGCAAAGAAAUGACCUCACCUAAAUCGAGACUAAGUUUAGAUCUUAAUAAUGGCCCCGAUAGGUACAUAACGCAAGAGUAUUUCGGUCAUAGUCCUAAAAGUAGAAAAAUACCUAGUGAUAAGAGUACUCAUUCAUCAAAAAAUAACGUGGUACAGAGCAAAUUAUCACCACAAAAUAGAUUUACUGACUUCAAAAAAUAUUCGUCCACAUUUGACAACAUCCAAUCAUUAAUAAAAGAAGGCAAAAUUGAAGAAACCUCGCAAUCUGAAUGCAAUGAAACCGUGAAUGAGUUAUCAACGAUCCCACCGAACAUGGUGAGAGUGGUGUCACUGCCGAGCCUCGGGGCGGAGGGAGAGAGCAACACCACUAGUCGGCAGGCACUCAUCACCACGGUCGAGGAGGAGGAGGAUCAGGAGAGCGCCGAGCCAGGGUCCAGUGGUGAGACCUCGCCGCUUCGGAAGAUUGAAAACAACAUAAGUGCUAUACUAAGUCAAGGUCGGGACCAAAAUCAUUUUACCCCAUACAUACCAAAAGACUGGAAUAUACAUAAGGAUGAAUACUGUGAUGAUGUAUCUAAAGAUAUAUUAGAUAACAAUUUCCGUUAUAGUUCUAGGGAGAGACAAAAGAGACAUGAUAUACAAAAAUCAUCGAGUCACAAUGAGAUACAGAACAGAUCUAUAGAUCGUAGAGAUCGAUCGUCUGGAAGAAGAUCGAACAGCAUGCACAAGUCGACGAGUGCAAAGGACGUGCCAGUUAGUUUAAUGAGACAGCCAUCAUCUUCAGACUCUGCAGUUUCGAGUGGAGGUGAUUUCCCCCUAAAUGUUCAAAUUGUUGAGCAUUCAUACCGUCAUCAUCAGUUGCCCGCAUCGCCCAAUUUGGGUCAUGAUAUGGGCCCUCUGCCGCAAACUCCAGAAUCGCCUAAAUUCCCUCCACUACCACCUUCUCCUGUUCAAGAAGUAGACGAAUAUACGGAAAUCAUGCAGCCAUUAGACAAGAGACACCCAAAGAAAGCUGAUACAUUACCGACGCCCACGAUGGAAAUUAGAAGAAGGCCUUCCGAACCCCCUGCAGUGCCGCCGCACCGGGACACGACAAACAGUCUCAAGACGAGGUCGAUGGAGACAAGUUACAAUAAGAACAGAAGAAAUAGCAAUUUCAAAUCCGGCUCUACUGACAGAAGAACAUUGCCUACAGUUAUUUUAGAUAUUGGCGCAAGUGGUGCUCGGCGACGCACCCUGCAGCGGCAGAGCCGUGACGCGGUGUCGGGGCGGGGCCCGCUGCAGACCUCGGCCAGCCUGCCGGAAACACCGGUGUUCGCCCGCGGCUGUGACGUACCCCGGACCCCGCCUAGGAACUCUACUGGCCCUCCAAGAAAUAACACAAUGAACUCUAUACAGUCAAUAGCAGGCAGCAGUGCGACUCUUGGCGGCUACGGGCGGGGCUCGGUGAUGGGUGCGGGCGUGUGCACGGGCGCAGACUUGCUGCGGCUCGGUGGACCACCGCGGGGCUGGUACCCACGCCAGAGGCAUCGGCCAGCGUCCACCGAGCACCUGGACAGGCUAACGGCCUCAAAGAGCGCGACGGAGCACCCUCCGGCGUGGGAAGCCCCGGGCGCCCGCAAACCCCUCACACUGCCACCUAAUAUAACACCCAAAUUCUUCCAGAAGUCACCCAGAGAAGCACUGCGCAGAGUCACAAGCUUACUAAUUCGGAAAGGGAACAGUGGGAAGGAGAAAGAAAACGCACGAAACAAGGAAGCCACAUCACCAGCGGCUCGCUCGGCCAACGGCGAGGAACACCCGGGACAGAAACAACGCAAAGGAUUCUUCAGAAGCCUGUGGAAAAAAUCUCGCCACUAUUCCUUAGAACAUCCUUGAUUAAAUGAGAAGAAUGGUUUUGACUCAACCCUGUAAAAAUAAUAUGUCAACUGAAAAGCUGAGAACGAUAGAGGCUUUUAUAAGCUUUGAGGGGGAAAUCCACAGGUCCAAUGUAAACUAAAACAAAAUUUGCACAAGUAACACAAUGUAUUUGAUACCGCAACUUCUUGUUCAUUCGAUUUAAUUAAAAUAGAACUAGGGAACUAUGAAGCUUAUGCCAAACCUACCUUGGAUUGCUUACUAAAUCGAAUACCCUAGUUAAUAAUAAAAAACAGGCUCACUGAAGCCGUAUUUGUUUAAAACGAGUGUAUAUUGAGUACCAUUAAUUUGUUUAAUCAAUGAUUAAUUAUAUCAAUGCAUAAUUUAUUUAAGAAAUAUGUAUUACAAAAGUACUAAAUUUCAAUUUGGAUAAUAGAAUGUAGAAAUGUAGAUAUAUCCAUGUAGCAAUAACAUCUAAUAGUUUACUUUCCAAAACUAUUGCCAGGAACAAUAGUUUAUACCAAAAGUACCUUUAUAUAAUAUAGUUAUCUAUAUUUUGAAUCUACUUUUGUUAAUUAUAACGUAGAUUUAAGUAUCAAUGGCCCUUGUGUGUUGUAAUUUAAAGAACCAACUUGAUAGACUAUUGCUACAAGUUUAAUAUUUUAUACAAAUUCUUGUAUUCGAGUGUACUUAACUCUUACUAUUGUAGAUUUUGUCAAAAGAAAAUAAAUUAUGUUCAAUAGCAAUAACA